AUGAUCCGCUUCCUGCAUGAAAGCGGUGCGGACCUCAACAACGUCAAUGAGAAGGCAAAGACGCCUUUGAUGGAGGCAGCACUCUGGGGAAGAUUGGACGUUGUGGAAUUCUUGCUUACAAAUGGCGCCGACCCAACCCUCGAGGACCGGAAGGGAAGGAAGGCGUUGUUCUAUGCCCGGCCGUCCAAAGCUACGACGAGAAUGAGAGAGAAACGUGGUGUCUAUAUCGAAAGCAACGAGGCGGAGAGCAACCGAAGAAUUAUCGCUAUCAGAUUACAGUCCUACGAGCCCCACACGACAGGACGGGAUGCGACGAAUAGCGAGGAAACCAGAGGUGGCCGUUUCAUCCUAGGCCAAAAUGUAUCGCAACUUCAAAUCACCUACUAUGAGCACUACACAACGUACAAUAUUCCAGACCGGUACAAGACAAUCGCUCAACUGGAUCGAGGCAAGAUAUUUCCGACAGUAAGCGCAGCUAGCGGGUGGAGGACUGAUUUUACCAUCGAAGACAUCAUCGACAACCGUCGCUGGAUGAGCAGAGUCAGAGAACUCUGCAGAUUGAUCGACUACGACUUGUCUGCGCACGAAUGGGAUGGGUCGGAACCCCCUAGAUCGUACUUAGCUUCUCAUGCCGAGAAGAAGCUUAUUGCUUACUACAUUGACAAGCAUAUGGUGCUUCCGCAUAAAGUCAUAAAGAAUAUCGAGUCAAGGGAAAGAGGAGAAUGGACCAAAGAGCAUGUUGCGCUGCAGGAUCUCGCCGAGGUUCAACCCGAGUACCCUACAGUAGUUGCGAGGAUCUGGGCGCGAGAGGGGGACAUCGUAGGCAACACAGUGCCGGAGAACAUGGCCGCGGCGGAGAAGAGGCUGGAAGUUUUGAGUGAGACGACGAUCAAGGACGCGGAAUCGUGGGACUGGGGAGAAUGCGAAAGAGGGGAAAUACAAAGUCGUCACAAUGUAGAGACGGGCAAAUUUCAAAAGUGCUUCGAAUGA